AUGGCGAUCCUCAUCUCGGUGGUGCUGCUCUUCGUCGGCGUCGGCGUGUUGGUGCUCAUCCAUGUCUGCAUCGUCGGCAGGGCAUUCAGGAGGGGGUUCAACACCAUGACGCCGCCCGCGCGCGACGACGGAAGGAGCGGCGGGUUGUCACCGGAUGAUCUGGCGAAGCUUCCCUGCUAUGAAUUCAAGGGUAGAGAGAUGGUCGGCGCCACCACCGACUGUGCUGUGUGCUUGGAGAGCUUCCAGGUGGGUGACGGGUGCAGGUUGCUUCCUGCUUGCGGGCACAGCUUCCAUGCGCAGUGUGUGGACUCCUGGUUGCUGAAGAGCUCCAUAUGUCCCAUCUGUCGAACGAGCGCCGACGGCGGCAAGGGCGGUAAGGCCGGUGGCGGCGAUGGGCUUGAGAUGAGGGAGGGCCAAAGGGUAACAGCAGGAGUUCCCCAUGCUUCCUCUUCACAAUAG